UCUGACUUUGUCACAAUAUAUACUCAGCAGCCAUAAAGAAAGCUAAAAGGACAUAUGACACAACUGAAUCCUUUGUGUACCUCUCAAACACAACUGCACCAGCUUGCUAAAGAUAGAUAUAAUUAAAUAUACAGAUAGAAGUAUGGGAUUGGACGACAGCAUUACUUUAUACUGUUGGUAGAACCCUUUGACUGAAGAAAAGAAAUAUUCAGUAUAAAUAGAUAAAGAGUAAGAGAGAAGUGGUGGAACUGCAACUCACUACACUAACUUAUAUGAACCAACCGUUAUUUAUGCCACUGGGAGGCUGAAAGUCCUGGAAACAUGUUGUGUAAGAAAUGACAGAGAAUUUGCAAAGCUGUUGCCUAGCAAAUUGGAACAUGGAGAUGAAGCUAGAUCCCGCUAAGGAUGACCUACCCCUAAUGGCCAACACAUGCCACAUGCUCGUAAAGCAUUAUGUAUUGGACUUAGAUGUGGAUUUUAAAAGCCAAGUUAUUGAAGGCACCAUAGUUCUCUUUUUUGAGCCUGGGAGCAGAUGCAAAAAAGGAGGCAGUGCUGGGGAAGGAGCCUGCCUUUCACAGUCAGAUGAAACAUGCAAAAUUAGGGCAUCUGAACCUUGUCACAGUCCUGUGACAAAUGUAAGUGCCCGCUCAUCUAAAACAGGAUAUAAUGAUUUUGCAGUCUGUGCUAAAGGUGAAAAAGAUACUUCUGAUAAAAAUGGUAACCAUAGCAACGGGGAACAGGCUUCUGGGAUUUCUAGUUCAAAGAACUGCUGUGACAUAGAGAAUCAUGGGAGUGAAGAUUUUUUGCUGGUAUUGGACUGCUGUGAUUUAUCUGUGUUAAAGGUCGAGGAGGUAGAUGUUGCUGCUGUGCCAGGUAUUGAAAAAUUUACAAGGUCUGCCAAGCUAACUGAUGCUGAAGAGCUGAGAAAUCUUAGGAAUCAGAUUGUACAUGAACUUGUGACUUUACCUGCGGAUCGUUGGAGGGAACAGCUAUACUAUUACACCCGCUGCAGCCAGGCGCCUGGUUGUGGAGAGCUUCUGUUUUCCACUGACAUUUGGAGCUUGAUGAUAAGGAAAGCAGAGGUUCAAGCACCAAGAGACUUUCCUCGUGCAAUAAGGAUAUGGUACAAAACAAAGCCAGAGGGAAGAUCAGUUACAUGGACCACAGACCAGAGUAGCAGGCCAUGUGUUUAUACGAUGGGAUCUCCAAUAAACAACAGGGCCCUUUUUCCAUGUCAGGAGCCACCGGUUGCCAUGUCAACAUGGCAAACCACAGUCCGAACAGCUUCUUGCUUUGUUGUCUUAAUGAGUGGUGAAAAUUCUGCAGAACCAGCACAACUUCAAGAAGGUCUCUUAAGUUGGUACUAUUAUGUGACCAUGCCCAUGCCAGCAUCCACCUUUACUAUUGCUAUUGGGUGUUGGACAGAAGUUAAACAGGAAUCCCACACAGCUGACGGCCGGACAAAUAACGAGUUUUCCUCUCUGUUUUCAAGGGCCGAUCUCAGGUUGAUUGAAGGGAGCUGUGGUCAUGUGGCGUAUCCUUGCCGUUUCCAAAAUCCUGCUGCCAGUUCUCAGCUAGUCAUUCCUCAUCGAGUCUUUGCUCCAUGGUGCCUUAAGGAUCGCUGUGCAGAGAUCCUUCUUGAGCUGAUUCCUCAGUGCCUCUCAGCUGCUCAUGCUACACUUGGUACCCACCCCUUUUCCAGGCUUGAUGUGUUGAUAGUCCCUUCCAACUUUUCCAGUCUGGGAAUGGCCAGCCCACACAUCAUCUUCCUGUCACAGAGCGUAUUAACUGGAGGGAGCCAUCUCUGUGGAACACGUCUGUGCCAUGAAAUUGCUCAUGCUUGGUUUGGAUUGGCCAUUGGUGCUCGUGAUUGGACUGAAGAAUGGAUAAGUGAAGGGUUUGCUACUUACUUGGAAGAUGUAUUUUGGGAAGUAGCACAACAGCAGCUGCCACAUGACGAAGCAAGAGAGCAGCAGGAGUUGAAAGCUUUGCUGCGCUGGCGACGGCUCAGAGACGAGGUGCAGAACUCUGAAGAAGAGCUGCAGGUAUUAAGGCCAAACAAAGAGAACACAGGAGAAGUGAGUGAGUCUGGAACAUGCAUAAUCAAACACGGUCUUAAUGCAGAAAAAAUCUUCAUGCAGGUUCAUUACUUGAAGGGCUAUUUCCUUCUGCAAUCUCUAGCCAAGAGAAUUGGAGAGGCUACAUAUUUUGAAUUUUUAAGAAAGUUUGUGCAGAAAUUUCAUGGACAACUGAUCCUUUCUCAGGAUUUUCUUUACAUGCUGCUGGAGGACAUCCCAGAACAAAAAGGGUACGGGCUAUCUGUUGAAAAUAUCAUCCGGGCCUGGCUUGACACUUCUGGAAUACCAAAGCCUUUGCUGGAAGAGUGUCAGACUUGGGACCAGUGUCGAUUAGUCCGGCAAGUGAAUGAUGAGGUCACAAAAUGGAUUCAACUAAACCAGAGAGCCAGAAAAAGGAGCAAAAGGAAACGAAGGCAGGAUGAAGUGGCUUUCCAAAAGCUUCUCCCGGACCAGCUGGUCUUACUUCUGGAAUCUCUGUUGGAGGAGAAGACGUUAUGUCUCAGAACUCUGCAGUGCUUAGAGAAAACAUACCACCUUGAUGAGCAGGAUGCAGAGGUUCGACAUCGAUGGUGUGAGCUUGUUGUUAAACACAAAUAUACAGCAAGAUAUGCUGACAUUGAGAAAUUCCUCAAGGAAGAUCAGGCUAUGGGUGUUUACCUGUAUGGAGAAUUAAUGGUGAAUGAAGAUGCAAAACAGCAGGAACUUGCCUAUAAAUGCUUUGCUGCAACACAAAAACAAAUGGAUGUGUCCUCAGCCAAAGUGGUGGCAGAGAUGUUAUUCUGAAGAGGUGAUUUUUCUUGAUUAAAGUAUUUAAUUCUCAACCUGCUCUUUAGUGAGAGAAUAUGCACAGCGCAGUAAAUAAACUCUGGCUCAAUGUAGAAUUUGCUGAUAUUCAGCUCGAAGAAUCACUCAUUAAAUUUCUUGCAUGUUUUUUUCCCCCACACCAUUGCUGGAGCAACGGAUCAUUGAUGCACAAGGGAUCUAGUUGAGGAGCACGGAGAAGAGAGGUUUUUGUACUAAGACACAUCUACAUUUACAACACUUCUUAAACAUGGCUGCACUCACACCUGCAAAUAGAAAAUGUGAAAUGAACUUGCUAGGGGAUGGCAAUUACUGGAGUUGUUUAACAAAAUCUGUGUCCACAUGAGGCAUUGAACUCAUACACUUACAAACUAGUUGUCCAGCGUGGUUCUGGAUUCAAAUUAGUGUGGCUUACAUGCUUUUGAGUAUUUUGUGUGAGAUAGGUAAGAUUAGUGUUGGUUAUGCUAGGAAGUACCUGUUUAUAAAGAUAUGCUAAUGACUGUAACAUAAAGAUAAACAUUUUAUAGCUUUUUUGAUUUGCUUCUGGUUCUACUUGAAAUUAGUGGCUAAGGGACAAAAGUAGAAGUCAUCUCACUAAACAUGGGUGAAAAAAAGCAAAAUUGCAAGUAAAGUAUAAUCACAUCGAUGAAAGACAUUAUAUAAACUGGCUUUUUACACCAAAUACUAUAUAGAUAGUGACAUAUUCCCUUCUUUCGUCCUAUUUGAAUAUCCUGAGAUUACUUUAUGGUGUUUGUACAUGCAUGUUUAACCCAUAGUCAAUUAGGUUUGGUAUGAAGAUCCUUUCCAGUACAGCAUACCGCAGAUUUUUGUGUAAUGAUAUAAGCCAUCUGACAGCCUGUUUUCCUCGGUUGUUCACAUAACUUUACAGUUGAUUUGUGGUAACACAAUUCAGACAACGACUUAGCAAAAACAUUGCUCAGUAUUUGGUACUGAACAGGACCCCUUGAUUCGUCUUCCCUUCAAACCUGUACAGGUAGGCAAUGCUUAAAAUUAGGCUCCAUUUGCGUUUGUGGCAUUUAUUUUAUUUAUAUGGACUAGGAGAGUGGUUUUCAAUCAGGGGUCUGUGAGCCCUUUCAGGGGAGCUGCAGCACCCCAUGGCUCAAACCCGGUGCCCCGUCCCCUAGCGCUGAAGCUGGCGACCCCUCCACCCCAGCCAGGAGUGGUGGGGGGCUGAAGGUGGCAGCCCCUGUCCCAAAGCUGGGAGCGGCGCAGGGCUGUGCCCCCCGCUGCCCCUACACAGC